AUGCCUUUGUCCCAACAAAAAAGGAAAAAGCUAUGGAUUUACCCCCCCCCUGUUGUCCAUACCGGUGUUUCUUUCUUUCUCUCCAUUAGGCUCCCUUUUUUUUCAUUCCUUUCUGUUCAUCUUUAUUUUUUCACUUCUCUCUCUUUGUCUCACCGUUUCUUAGUCUUUCCUCCUACUUUUCUUUGUUUCUCUUUUAAUUUCUCUUUCUCUUUCUUUCUUACCUUGCUCAUUAUUGUUUCUUUUUCUCUUUCUUUCGCAUCUUGUUCGUUAUUGUCUCUCUUUCUUUCUUAUUUUGAUUAUUAUUGUCUCACUUUUUCUUUCGCAUCUUGCUCAUUAUUGUUUUUCUUUCUCUUUCUUUCUUACCUUGCUCAUUAUUGUCUUUCUCUUUCUUUCUCAUCUUGUUCAUUAUUAUCUCUUUCUUUCUUUCUCGCUCAUUAUUGUCUCUCUUUCCAUUUCUCAUCUUUCUCAUUAUUGUCUCUCUAUCCAUUUCUCAUCUUUCUCAUUAUUGUCUCUCUAUCCAUUUCUCAUCUUUCUCAUUAUUGUCUCUCUAUCCAUUUCUCAUCUUUCUCAUUAUUGUCUCUCUUUCCAUUUCUCAUCUUUCUCAUUAUUGUCUCUCUUUCCAUUUCUCAUCUUUCUCAUUAUUGUCUCUCUUUCCAUUUCUCAUCUUUCUCAUUAUUGUCUCUCUUUCCAUUUCUCAUCUUUCUCAUUAUUGUCUCUCUUUCCAUUUCUCAUCUUUUCUUAUUGUCUCUCUUUCCAUUUUCAUCUUUCUCAUUAUUGUCUCUCUUUCCAUUUUUCAUCUUUCUCAUUAUUGUCUCUCUUUCCAUUUCUCAUCUUUCUCAUUAUUGUCUCUCUUUCCAUUUCUCAUCUUUCUCAUUAUUGUCUCUCUUUCCAUUUCUCAUCUUUCUCAUUAUUGUCUCUCUUUCCAUUUUCUCAUCUUUUCAUUAUUGUCUCUCUUUCCAUUUCUCAUCUUUCUCAUUAUUGUCUCUCUUUUCCAUUUUCUCAUCUUUCUCAUUAUUGUCUCUCUUUCCAUUUCUCAUCUUUCUCAUUAUUGUCUCUCUUUCCAUUUCUCAUCUUUCUCAUUAUUGUCUCUCUUUCCAUUUCUCAUCUUUCUCAUUAUUGUCUCUCUUUCCAUUUCUCAUCUUUCUCAUUAUUGUCUCUCUUUCCAUUUCUCAUCUUUCUCAUUAUUGUCUCUCUUUCCAUUUCUCAUCUUUCUCAUUAUUUCUUUUCCAUUUCUCAUCUUUCUCAUUAUUGUCUCUCUUUCCAUUUCUCAUCUUUCUCAUUAUUGUCUCUCUUUCCAUUUCUCAUCUUUCUCAUUAUUGUCUCUCUUUCCAUUUCUCAUCUUUCUCAUUAUUGUCUCUCUUUCCAUUUCUCAUCUUUCUCAUUAUUGUCUCUCUUUCCAUUUCUCAUCUUUCUCAUUAUUGUCUCUUUCAUUUCUCAUCUUUCUCAUUAUUGUCUCUCUUUCCAUUUCUCAUCUUUUCAUUAUUGUCUCUCUUUCCAUUUCUCAUCUUUCUCAUUAUUGUCUCUCUUUCCAUUUCUCAUCUUUCUCAUUAUUGUCUCUCUUUCCAUUUCUCAUCUUUCUCAUUAUUGUCUCUCUUUCCAUUUCUCAUUUCUCAUUAUUGUCUCUCUCUUUCAUUUCUCAUCUUUUAUUAUUGUCUCUCUUUCCAUUUCUCAUCUUUCUCAUUAUUGUCUCUCUUUCCAUUUUCAUCUUUCUCAUUAUUGUCUCUCUUUCCAUUUCUCAUCUUUCUCAUUAUUGUCUCUCUUUCCAUUUUCUCAUCUUUCUCAUUAUUGUCUCUCUUUCCAUUUCUCAUCUUUCUCAUUAUUGUCUCUCUUUCCAUUUCUCAUCUUUCUCAUUAUUGUCUCUCUUUCCAUUUCUCAUCUUUCUCAUUAUCUCUUUCCAUUUCUCAUCUUUCUCAUUAUUGUCUCUCUUUCCAUUUCUCAUCUUUCUCAUUAUUGUCUCUCUUUCCAUUUCUCAUCUUUCUCAUUAUUGUCUCUCUUUCCAUUUCUCAUCUUUCUCAUUAUUUCUCUCUUUCCAUUUCUCAUCUUUUCAUUAUUUCUCUCUUUCCAUUUCUCAUCUUUCUCAUUAUUGUCUCUCUUUCCAUUUCUCAUCUUUCUCAUUAUUGUCUCUCUUUCCAUUUCUCAUCUUUCUCAUUAUUGUCUCUCUUUCCAUUUCUCAUCUUUCUCAUUAUUGUCUCUCUUUCCAUUUCUCAUCUUUCUCAUUAUUGUCUCUCUUUCCAUUUCUCAUCUUUCUCAUUAUUGUCUCUUUCCAUUUCUCAUCUUUCUCAUUAUUGUCUCUCUUUCCAUUUCUCAUCUUUCUCAUUAUUGUCUCUCUUUCCAUUUCUCAUCUUUCUCAUUAUUGUCUCUCUUUCCAUUUCUCAUCUUUCUCAUUAUUUUCCAUUUCUCAUCUUUCUCAUUAUUGUCUCUCUUUCCAUUUCUCAUCUUUUUUCUCAUUAUUGUCUCUCUUUCCAUUUCUCAUCUUUCUCAUUAUUGUCUCUCUUUCCAUUUCUCAUCUUUCUCAUUAUUGUCUCUCUUUCCAUUUCUCAUCUUUCUCAUUAUUGUCUCUCUUUCCAUUUCUCAUCUUUCUCAUUAUUGUCUCUCUUUCCAUUUCUCAUCUUUCUCAUUAUUGUCUCUCUUUCCAUUUCUCAUCUUUCUCAUUAUUGUCUCUCUUUCCAUUUCUCAUCUUUCUCAUUAUUGUCUCUCUUUCCAUUUCUCAUCUUUCUCAUUAUUGUCUCUUUCCAUUUCUCAUCUUUCUCAUUAUUGUCUCUCUUUCCAUUUCUCAUCUUUCUCAUUAUUGUCUCUCUUCAUCUUUCCAUUAUUGUCUCUCUUUCUCAUCUUUCUCAUUAUUGUCUCUCUUUCCAUUUCUCAUCUUUCUCAUUAUUGUCUCUUUCCAUUUCUCAUUCAUUAUUGUCUCUCUUUCCAUUUCUCAUCUUUCUCAUUAUUGUCUCUCUUUCCAUUUCUCAUCUUUCUCAUCUUUCUUUCAUUUUCAUUUUCAUUAUUGUCUCUCUUUCCAUUUCUCAUCUUUCUCAUUAUUGUCUCUCUUUCCAUUUCUCAUCUUUUCAUUAUUGUCUCUCUUUCCAUUUUUCUUUCUCAUUUUGUCUCUCUUUCCAUUUCUCAUCUUUUCAUUAUUGUCUCUCUUUCCAUUUCUCAUCUUUCUCAUUAUUGUCUCUCUUUCCAUUUCUCAUCUUUCUCAUUAUUGUCUCUCUUUCCAUUUCUCAUCUUUCUCAUUAUUGUCUCUCUUUCCAUUUCUCAUCUUUCUCAUUAUUGUCUCUCUUUCCAUUUCUCAUCUUUCUCAUUAUUGUCUCCCUUUUACUUUUUCAAUUUGCUCGUUAUUGUCACUCUUAUCUUCCUCAUCAUUUUCUCUUUCUCUUUCUUUCUCAUCUUGCUCCUUAUUGUCUCUUUCUCUCUCUUUCUUUUUCUUUCUCAGCUUGCUCGUUAUUGUCUCUUUUUUUCUUUCUCACUUGCUUAUUACUGUCUCCCUUUUUCUUUCUAAAUGUGCUCGUUAUUUUCUCUCUCUCAUCUUGCUCAUUAUUUUCUUUCUCAUCUAUCUCAUUAUUGCUUCUUUUUCUCUCUGCUUCUGUACUGCAUUCCUUUUUGUUCUUCCUGGCUUUUCUUUAUUUGAUGUGA